AUGAGCGCAUCUGUGAAUUACAUCUCAUAUCAAAAGUUCAUGGGGGAACCUUUUCAAGCACAGCCUCCUCAGCAGUUCUGGAAUUGGGCUCCUCCAACGGUACCAACGAUCAUUCCGACAACACCAAGCCCACCAAUUGCAACUCUGCCACCACUUGAGAUAACACCAGCGAAUCCAAAGUUGUUGGCGCAUAACGCGGCAAGGAUGAUUCGUGAGAUCGCAACGUUUUCGGAUGUUCAUCAUGGAUCUAGCGGUGGCUAUGAUGCUGUGCAAUCUAUUAUGGAAGCAUUCUUUGAGUCGGUUGCAGAUCCGAAGUCGGCAUCGGCGCUUCAGUUCAAUUCAGCAAUCUCAAUGUCCAUCGAAUUACUGCGUCAUUUUGAUCGUUUGCCUGUCACUUGUACUGAAGUGAGACCGCGGAUCCCUGUAUUCGACUAUGGUGCCUGGAAUCCUUGA